GAAGAGUUGCUGUUACUGAAGAUUCUAAAUGCUGGAUAAUCGACCUACUGCCGAAUAACCAUGAAAGAGACGAGGUAGCUGCCCAAGUGUGAGAUAAAAACUGAUUUCAAUGGAUACAAAAUAUAAAGACGAUUUAUUUAGGAAGUAUGUACAGUUCCAUGAGUGCAAACUGAAUGCCUCUGACAACAAGCAGCGUCCUAUUAAUGAUGAGUAUUUGCGAGUGGCAGCGGCAGCCUUACUUUGCCUUCCCAAAAUUGAUCCCUUUUAUAGAUUCCGGUUGAUAAAAUUUUACGAGAUGGCUGAAAACUCACUGAGAUCUGUGAAAUCCUCAAGUUUACAUUCUCUCCAUAAUGCAUUCAGCAUGCUGGAGACAGUUGGAAUUAAUCUCUUUCUUUACCCCUGGAAAAAGGAGUUCAAAAAUAUUAAGACCUACACUGGACCCUUUGUUUAUUAUGUAAAGUCUGCUCUAGCUGAAGAUGAUGUAAGGCAGAUUUUGAACUACAUGGGCUAUGUCCAAGAACUGGGAACAAUGUAUAAACUCAGAGAGCAGGUUGAUGCCAUUCAAGUGAAAAUGGUUUCGUUUGAACUCUUCUUGGCCAAAGUGGAAUGUGAGCAGCUUCUUGAAAUUCACUUGCAAGUGAAGGAUAAGGGUUAUUCAGAGAUUGAUGUCAUAAAUGAACGAAAAAAUAGCAGUGAAGAUGUUCGAGGCUGCUCAGAAGCCAUGAGACGGCGUGCAGAGUGCAAAGAAAACUUAAACACUUCCAUGGCACGAAUGGUACUCCAGAAGUCGGCAAGUGAACGGGCCUCUAAAGAUUAUUUCAAGCCAAAGGUAAGCAAGCCUUCUAAAUCAGUGGAUACAUAUGAUAAUUAUUGGGAAAGUAAGAAACCACCUUUGAUGAGCUCACUCAGUCUCAGGAAAGAACCAAUUUUAGUUGAUGCGGAAGAUGACAUUAAAGAUGAAAUUAUCCGUCCGUUACCCUCUCUUCUGACAAUGUCAAGCUCCCCACAUGGAUGUUCAGAUGAAUUCUUGCCAACUUCAUCUCAUCACAAUGGUAUGCUAAGAACAAAUGUCCCUUACAGCUCCUAUUUUUCUGCUCAAGAGGACUUAGAUUUAUAUACUGAUCCUGAUUCUAGAAGUAUGUUAAAUUUUAAAAGACAAGAAGCUGUUAAGCCUGAUGUGUGGCUGUUAAGAAAUGAUGCCAACCCCGUUUACCACAAACGCACCCACCUAGCCAAAGAGACAGCUUCCCUCAAGUGCCAGAACUGUGGCGUACCUUGUGGCACUUCUGUUUGCCAAAAGUGUGACAAUCUGUUCAACUCUAGGCAGGAAUAUCCAGCAGUGAAACAGAGCACCUAUUCAAUCAAACCGCUUCCAAGUGACGGCUUGUCUUCUGCGUCUGCUUUAAGGGAGAAAUCUCAGUACACGUCACAGACUCAGAGUCAAGAGAGAGCUGCUCAAUUCAGUUCGAAAUCCAAACCUUCAGGCACCUCACGCUGCGGCUUUUGUAACCGAUCUGGAGCUGCAAACACUUGCACGUUUUGCUCAAAAGUCUCAUGUGACACUUGCCUCAAUGCUUACUAUUAUGAUCCCUGCUGUAGAAAAAGCGAGCUUCACAGAUUCAUGCCUAACAAUCAAUUAAACUAUAAAUCAUCCCAGCUGUCCCAUGUAGUUUAUAGAUAGGCUUGGUUAGUCUGUUUUGGAGGGGAAGGAAAGGGGAGGGGAAAGGGCUAUCCUAACUCAUGUACUGACUCCACUGAUAAGAAAAUACACUGACCUCUUACCCAAAUAACGUGUCCAAAUAUUUGGAACCAUGGUUCAGUGAUCAGGUGCCAGUUCUUGAUUUUUGUGGCUUCACAGAUGCUGCAGAUACAUUAGAUUUCAUGCUGCUAUAAUUUAGGUAACUCCUAAAUGCUCAUUACUUUUCAAUUUAAAUGGGGGAGAAGAGCACAUUUUUCUUUAAAACUUGGCAGCUGUUGUAUUUUAGAAAAGUGACAUCGCACCUUUCUGUAACAUUGCAGUCAUCUCCUUGCCCAAAUAAAACCAUGCAAGGCUUGAAAAGAAAAAUCUAAAAAUUAAGAUUCUCAUUUUCUAGGAGUGAUGAAGCUACUGCCGGUUUUUGAGAAAGUGUAACUUUAAAUGUUCAAGAAAUACGUGAAUGGCUUGUUUUGCCAACAAGGACUAUUUUUUGAAGUGUGUCUGCAUUUCUUGAUCUCCAAAAUGCAAACACCACAGAAUCUCUUCGUUUUGUCUUUAUGUUUCUUCCUUCUCCCUUUAUCUCCCCGUUGUUUAUCUCAAGCUUAUAAUCUGAAUCUGGACAAUACGUGCUUUAUUUUCUGGUGUUGCCAAUAUCAUCCUACUGGUUUUUAUUGUAUGAUAUUUUAAAAAGGGGAAUGUGUAUUCAUGUCACUGAAAUGAUGCCUAGAGUGUUGUCCUUCCAGAUGAGUACUAAUUUUCCUUAUUUUCUGUUGCACAUGUAUUAAGUACUGUUCUUUGUACUGUAAAUAGGUAAUUUGGAAACAGUUUAUUUUUAAUAAAUAUUUAAUAUGUUGA